GCAACACUGCCGGGAGCUACUAUUUAGUAAUGAUUUCGCGAUCAAAACAAAUCAAAUAACAUAUCUUGUCCCCUAUUUUUGGAUAAAAUACUUUAUCUAUAAUUAAUUUACAACAAUGGCCCUAAGGAGCCUCACGGACGUGUUUUUGCUAAUGAGAAACAAUGCCAUUCGUAGCAAACAAAUUUAUCCAGAUCAAGGCUCGUCAGAAAGGAUGCAGCUAGUGUCGCUGACGGAUCUGGAAGAGGGAUUGGAUAGGAAUGACAAUCGCAUGCCCCCAGUUUGGAUAGAUUAUCUGGAAAAGGCACAAAUGAUUUUGCCGAGACUCAAAAUGAAAAUCUUAGAGCUGAAAUUGUUGCAUUCCAGACAUUUGCACAGAUCCACUUUUGAUGAUACACCAGAAGACGAAAUUUUAAUAGAAAAUUGCACCCAAGGAAUUACUAGAAUGUUUAACGAAAUACAUAGAUUAUUGCAAAUAAUCAAAAGUCAUUCCAUGGAAAAUAGUAUAAAAGAACAAAGAUUAACUGUGAAUGUUUACAGAUCUUUGGCGAAUGCUCUCCAAGAGCUUUCUAGCAGUUUUCGGGCCACUCAGAAUGGAUAUUUGAGACAAAUUCAAGGCCGAGAAGAUCGUUCCAAGAUAUAUUUUAAUGAAAAUAUUGACGAUUUCAAUGAUAAUGAAGAUAUUGAUAAUGAUUUUAUAAACUCUCAAAAAAUGUCGCAGCAACAACUGCUAAUGCUCGAAGAAGAAAACACAAAGUUCGCUCAGGAACGCGAAAAAGAAGUUAACGCGAUUGUAAAAUCCAUAGUCGAUUUGAAUGAGAUUUUCAAGGAUUUGUCACAAAUGGUGGCAGAUCAGGGUACGGUACUGGAUAGAAUCGAUUACAAUGUAGAAACGGCUCAAGUGCAAGUGUUCGAAGGGUUUAAGCAACUCCAAAAAGCAGACGCCUAUCAGAGAAAAAAUCGGAAAAUGUGUGCUAUUGUCACGUUGGCUUCUUUGACAAUUUUAUUGUUUUUUAUUCUAAUUAUUGUUAAGUCCUAAAAAUAUUGUCUGUGAUUUAAGUUAUUAAAAUAUUUAAUUAUGAGUUUCAUGAAAAAUAUAAAGAUUGAAGCGGCCGUCCUCAAAAUGCUUGUGGAUAGUGUGUCUGCUUCACAUGCUGCAGGGUCCAGUGAGGAUGGUGCAUGAUUAUUUUGUGAUGUUUGUUUGCCUUGUGAAAUAUUUGUAGGUGCUGAUUGUCUAAAAUGGCGGCUGGUUGGCAGGGCAUAACCCAAGAAACAAAAAACAAGUUUUCUUUGGGCCGGAUUAUCAAUGCAAGGUAUAUGCUUUUGGAUAUUUUCUGAACUGAGCCCUUGCAAACAAGGCAAUCUG